AUGUAGGGUUAAUUUAGCCCCGAGUUGGCGUUCACAGGUAGCGAUUUGGUCCAGGUUUUGCUCACAUAGGGGUUUGUUUUAAAUUUUUACGGAAGGUAAUUAACCUUAUCGAUGUGCCAGUAAGUAAAUAAUUUAGUCAGACUUAUCCCCGUCCCUUAUUUCGGUCUUUGGACGACGGCAACAUCGUUAUUGUCUUGAACAGCUGCCUGACAAGCGACUUUCCGGGUUAAACCAUCAAUGCUUAUGCGCAUGCGAGCUGUGGAGUUUGAAAACAGCAGCGCGAAAAAGCAGGACGUCAAUAACGCGAAUUUUUAGAUUUCAAAUAAUUAUAUUGUCUUUUAACUAUUUAUGAUUUGUUUUAUGCCUUUUAUAAUUAAGGCUUAAUUGUUUCUCAAAGAAAACUCGUGCUCGUUACUUAAGACGCUUUUGGGAGUCAGACGUUGUCAUGUUGUUUCAGCUACAUUAGGUUAACGUUUUGGUUUAUUUCGACGUUUUCACGAGCAAACAUGAAACCCACACGAGGUUCUGACCGGGCCCCAUCAAAAACACCCAACAGGAAAAACAAGGAAAAAGCAGAAACAUCGAGUCGGGACCAAGCCAAGAUCAUCCAUCCAAAACCAUCACAGACGAAAGCUGAAAGAGGAUCAUCUCCUAACCCUAAAAGAGCUAAAGUGCAGGACAACAGGGCGCUGAUGUCCAGGUCCUCCAUCACUGCUCUGGAGAACAUAAUGGACUUAUCAGUACUAGCAGCUCUUGCUGUGAAGCGGACAGAGAAGAAGGAAAGCCAGGAGCAUCUGAAAAAAAUGAAAACCAUGUUCCUGGCUCAGUGUGCACAACUCAAAGUUCCAGUGCAGAAACAAAAAUAUUUGGAGCACUCAUCCAGGCAUCACCAGGACGAGACUAAGAAGUCAGUGGUUGGAGAGAAGAAUCUGAGCAUCUUGAAGGAAGACUUGAGGGCUGUGGUUCGUGCACUGGAGAGGCUGGAGGAGGAAACAGAGUCUUUGCAGCACUCAUGCAGUCAGCUGAGGGACCAGUUAGAGGAGGAAGAGGAGAAAGCUAAAGAGAUUUUACGAAUAAGUGAACGAGCUGUUCUCAAACUUCCCUGUCUUCCUUCUCAGAAAGGUGAAACAUUGGAGGCUCUGCUGAGAAAGUUUAUACCAGACAGCGAUUCUGCAGCCACAGCUCGGAAACUGGGCCAAAUUCUGCAGAAAUCGAAGCCAACCAAGGAUGACCAGGUGCUGCUUGCGCGGGCACGUGAACACGCCGAUCGGCUCUUCCACCCCGGCUGCGUAUUGAAUAGUAGUGCACUGAGUUUUGAAGAAACGUAGCAUUAAAGAAGAGGUUUAGAGAUUUGCUGCUCAGUAUUUAUUGGGUUUGAUACUUCUUACUUCCAUAUUUGUGGUUGUCUUUGUGGUUGUCUUUUUUCAUUGCUGUGCAUGUUGCAUAAACCAGUGAACAAGAUGAUUCAUGAAUUCAUUUUCCCCUAGAAUAACAACCCUGUGGAAUAUUUCUGCUUACCAUGCUUCGCUGGUAUUGAGUUUGCAUCAUAUUCCUGUUUUCAGCUACUUUUUUCUUUGUUUUUUAUUAAUUAUGUGUUCUGUUAUGUGGAUGUUUUUUGUCUUUUGGUGGACAUAAAAGCCUGAUAUCCAACUUCUGUGGCAAGUUUAGGCUAAACAACUGAAAAUUAAAUAAAGUCACAACUGAACAGUGAAUUAAUUAAAAUCCUGCUGCCUAAACUUUUUUUUACAGUGGAAGAUUUAGUGUGCGCUGAAUAAAAACAAGUCCAAAUCUUGCUGCUGCUUGCUGCUUGAUGUUUUGCAAGCCUAGUGAGACAUUCAGCUAACUAAAGCUACUGGAAUGCGUUUAAUCUGGAAAACUUUUGGUUUUAACAAAUUUGGAGAAUCUGCUCUGUGCUGGAAACAAUAGCAUUCUUGAAAGGAUUAUGCAAGGUAUGGGUUGUUUUUUCUUUUUAAGAACUCCAUGUAAUAAAACUUACCCUGCAGCCAGGAAGUUAGCAUCGAAA